AUGCCAGUUAGAAAUGGUGUUUUGGAAAGUUAUUUGAAUCCACUUUUAACAAUUUUACAUGAAAUUCCAAGCUUCCGUAAGGCAAUUUAUGAACAACAAUUUGAUACUUUAGGGUUCCAUCCACGUUGGUAUAGAGGUGAACCAAUAAAGAUACCUGAAGGUGCUGCAACAAAAGUUAAAGAAGGUCAUGAAGUUGAUUUAAAAUUGUUAUUAGAAGUUCAAAGAUUAUUUGCAUUUUUAGAUGGUGAUUCAUUAAGAUCAUUUUCCUCCAUUUUGAAUUUCCUUAAAGCUUUCCCUAAAGAGGCACAAAAAGAAUUCCAUAAUGUUGAGAGUAUUUAUGAAGCUUAUGAAGUUUUCUAUAAAGUCUUAAUUAAACAAUUGGAAGCUGUUGGUGCUGAUGAUGUACAUCAAUUUUUUGAAAGUAAAUUAUAUUAUGAUGAAACUGAAAAAGAAAAAUCAUUUGGUAUGUUCCAUGUGGAAGCUGAAGAGCUGAAAAGUGAUUUAUAUAAAACCAUACAUACCAUACUUUGGGGUGAAGAUUUUGAAAGUACAGAACGUAUUUUAACUUCAGUUUCAGAUGUUGUCACUAUUUCUUUUGAACCAUCUUUCCAUCAUGCCCCAUUUGGAAUUGAGAUUCCAGAGGUUUUUUAUCCCCAAAUUUAUACCAAAGAUUUCCAAGAGACUAUCAAUACACUUGUUAAAGAGAAGGAAAGUACCGAAAGGGAAAGACGUGAAAUUUCCAAAGAAUUGAUGAAACUUAGGGUGUAUCAAGGUAAAAAUGUUACUGCAUUGUUAGAUACUUCAGUUGAAUUUUUAUCAUCAGAAUCUGAAUCAAAUAAAGAUGAUAAAGAACUUUCAGAUGCAUUAAAAGAUUUAAGUUCCAUUAAAGAUUCAAGUAAGGAUAAAAUUGGGGAAUUAUUAGCUAAACAAGAUUUGAUUACAGAAAGUAAAACUUCUCGUGAUCCAUUUAAUAUAAACACCAUUUUGAAACGUCAUGGAUCAACUCCAGAACCAUAUUUACUCACUGGUGUUAUCAUAAACAAUACAGAAUUUUUAUUUUUAAAGAAACCACAAGAUUUAAUUGAAUUAGAAAAUCCUCAAUGGGUUCAUGUUAUAUAUGAUCCAACCACAUGUAAUGAUUUAAAACAUCAAUAUUCAAAUUUUGAAACGAUUAAAAGAUCAUUAUAUGGAUUAACAAGAACACAAUUUGCCUCAUCAAUUGUAUUGAUUUAUGUUAAAGAAUCAACAUGGAAUUCUAAAACUGAUUAUGAAAGAUCAGAAUCUGUUAAACAAUUUAUUCAAAAAGAUAUUGAAGAACUUGGUAAAAGUCUUGAACUAUUGGUUCCAAGUUCAGGUGAAGAAAGUGAUGAUAAUAUUUCAGAUUCAGAUUCAGAUUCAGAUGUUGAUGCUACACAUGUUGAACAUGUUGAGCUUGAACUAACACCAGAGGAAACAAAUGAUUUAGAAGGGUUAAGGUAUUCGGAUAGUGCUAAUAGUGAUGAUAUUUCCAAAGAGAAUAAGGAGAAUAAGGAGAAUCUUCAUAGUAAUAAUCCAUUCAGAGAUUAG